CCGGAGGAGGGGGAGAAGGAGGAGGAGGGAGGCGGCGGCCACCGGGGGGACCGGCGCCCCCUUGUCCGCUUCUCCACCCUCCCCCUUCGCUAGUCAGUCUCUCUCCAUUUCUCUUUCUUUCUCUCUCACACACAGACACACACACGCGCGCGCACAUUCACACAGGCACACACGCGCACUCACACUCACACUCGCACUCCCGGCCGGCCGGCGGGCGCCUCCGCUUUGUGCACCGAGCGAGGAUGGUGUAGCUACCCCCGCAGCGCCAGAGCCCAGCCGACCCGGUACGCUGCCGGUCUCUUGUCUCGGGAGCCCGGCUCCUGCCCCACCCCGCUCUGCUCCGUCCUCGCCUUCCCUCCUCCUCCGGCCGGGGAAGCCUCCGCACCGCCCGGCAUCAUGAGUGAACAGAGUAUCUGCCAAGCAAGAGCUGCAGUGAUGGUUUAUGAUGAUGCCAAUAAGAAAUGGGUGCCGGCUGGUGGCUCAACUGGGUUCAGCAGAGUUCAUAUAUAUCACCAUACUGGUAAUAACACUUUUCGAGUUGUGGGAAGGAAGAUUCAGGACCAUCAAGUCGUGAUAAAUUGUGCCAUUCCAAAAGGAUUGAAGUACAAUCAAGCUACACAGACCUUCCACCAGUGGCGAGAUGCUAGACAGGUGUAUGGUCUCAACUUUGGCAGUAAAGAGGAUGCCAACGUUUUUGCAAGUGCCAUGAUGCAUGCCUUAGAAGUGUUAAAUUCACAGGAAGCAGCCCAGAGCAAGGUUACUGCUACCCAGGACAGCACUAAUUUGCGAUGUAUUUUCUGUGGUCCUACAUUGCCUAGACAAAAUUCACAACUGCCUUCCCAAGUGCAGAAUGGUCCAUCACAAGAAGAAUUGGAAAUUCAAAGAAGGCAACUGCAAGAACAGCAGCGCCAAAAGGAAAUGGAACGGGAGAGAAUGGAGCGUGAAAGAAUUGAACGAGAGAGGUUGGAGAGAGAGAGGUUAGAAAGGGAAAGAAUUGAAAGGGAAAGAAUGGAGCAAGAACAGCUUGAAAGAGAGCGGCAAGAACGCCUAGAACGAGAAAGGCAAGAUCGAGAGAGGCUUGAACGGGAAAGACAAGAAAGAGAGCGGCAAGAACAGUUAGAAAGGGAACAGUUGGAAUGGGAAAGAGAGAGAAGAAUAUCAAAUGCUGCUCCAUCUUUCGACAACUCCCUGUAUAGUGCUCCACUUCCUGAAUAUUCCAGUUGCCAGCCUCCUUCAGCACCUCCUCCAUCAUAUGCUAAAGUCAUCUCAGCUCCAGUGUCAGAUGCCACUCCUGAUUAUGCUGUAGUGACCUCUAUACCACCUACUUCCACACCCCCUACACCACCACUGCGACACUCAGCGACACGUUUUGCAACUUCUUUAGGUUCAGCCUUCCACCCUGUUCUGCCCCAUUAUGCUACAGUUCCUCGUCCUCUCAACAAAAACUCUCGACCUUCUUCUCCUGUGAAUGCACCCCCUUCUCAACCUCCAGCUACGAAGCCUUUUGCCUGGUCUGCUUCAAACUUUGCACCCCUCCCUCCAUCGCCUCCAGUUAUGAUUAGCAGCCCUCCAGGCAAAGCUACUGGUCCAAGGCCUGUUCUCCCUGUUUGUGUUUCUAAUCCGUUGCCCCAAAUGCCUCCGUCACCUACUGCACCCAAUGGGCUUCCUGAUUCUGUAACAUAUCCAGCACCUUCACCGUCUACCUCAGGUCCAGCAGCUCCACCUCCGCCACCACCACCUCCAGCACCUCCACUGCCUUCCCUUCCGUCACUGUCCCACUCUGGACCUCAAGCUUCUCCUCCUCCAAGCACCCCUAUUGCCUCAACUCCCUCAUCCAAGCCUAGUGUUCUCCCUUCUCCCUCUGCAGCUGCCCCUGCCUCUGUUGAGACUUCUCUAAACUCUGUGCUGGGAGACUCCUCUGCUUCUGAGCCAGCCUUGCAGGCAGCCUCUCAGCCGAUUGAAACUCCGACCCAGCAGGGUGUUGUCCUGGGCCCACCUGCUCCUCCUCCCCCUCCACCACUUCCUCCUGGUCCAACCCAGACUCUAGCAGCACUCCCACCUCCGCCAGGUCCACCUCCCCCACCCCCCCUCCCAUCUUCUGGGCCACCUCCUCCCCCACCUCCCCCACCCCUUCCUAAUCAGGUGCCCCUUCCAGUUCCUUUGCCCCCUCCUGCCCCUCCUCUUCCUGCCUCUGGAUUUUCUGUGGCGUAUAUAUCAGAAGACAAUCGCCCUUUAACUGGACUUGCAGCUGCAAUUGCUGGAGCCAAACUUAGGAAAGUUUCACGGAUUGAGGAUUCCUCUAGUCCAAGUGGAGGAAGUGCCAUUGGAGUAAACUCAACUUCAGCUAAAACAGACACAGGUCGUGGAAAUGGACCACUUCCUUUAGGUGGCAGUGGUUUAAUGGAAGAAAUGAGUGCCCUGCUGGCCAGGAGAAGAAGAAUUGCUGAAAAGGGAUCAACAAUAGAAACAGAACCAAAAGAGGAUAAAACUGAAGAUGCAGAACCUUCAGCUUCUAAGACCUCUUCAACAAGCACACCUGAACCAACAAGAAAACCAUGGGAAAGAACGAAUACAAUGAAUGGCAGCAAGUCACCUGUUAUCUCCAGACGGGAUUCUCCAAGGAAAAAUCAGAUUGUUUUUGACAACAGGUCCUAUGAUUCAUUACACAGACCAAAAUCAACGCCAUCUGCGCAACCCAGUGCCAAUGGAGUGCAGUCAGAAGGGCUAGACUAUGACAGAUUGAAGCAGGAUAUAUUAGAUGAAAUGAGAAAAGAAUUAACAAAACUAAAAGAAGAGCUCAUUGAUGCAAUCAGACAGGAACUCAACAAAUCAAAUACUGCAUAAAAAAAAAAAAAAAAAAAAGUAAAACUAAGGCGAUAGACUUUGACCGGAAAACAUCAAGUAACUACAUUUUGUGGGCUGUUAGAAGAAAAUGGAAGAAAAAAAAACACUUGGAAUGAGGGAAAAAUCAUCAUAUUAUAAAAGCUGUCACACAUCUACGAUGACCUGCUAUUUCCCUCCCAGUUUGCUGCUUUUUUCUGACCUUUACAAACAGGAUGGAAAAGAGUCUUAAGAAUUACUGUAAUGAUUAUGCAGAAAAUCCACCUGUCAGGCAAGAUCACAGUGCAUUGAAAUAUUCUCAUGUCAAGAUAAAAUUGCACAUUUUUUUUUCUUCAGAAUUCAUUGUUAAAACAAAGAAGAGAAAAGUUCAAGAAGGCUUUUCAGAGAGGUUUUCAGUGUUAAUGAAGGAUUUAGCAAGUUAUUUUGUUGUACUGCAAAUGUUUCUCAGGUUUUGUCUUCCUAUCACAUUUGAUAUUCCAUGAAUUAUUACAUAUAUUGGUUCAGAUCAUAAAACAUGGAACAAAUGGAAAUGUGUGUGUUGAUGGAAAGUGAUUAUUUGUAAGAAAGUGACCUAACUAUGGCUUGUACAGAUUGGAAUUCUGGAACGAUAGGAAGCCUCUCUAGUUAGCCUUCAUCCAGUUUUGUAGAUUAAAAACAAAAAGUACAGUUAAAAAUUCAAAAAUGUAGAUGCCUUCCUAAAUUGUUACAAUGCUUUACCAAAUCUACAUGAUACAAUCAGUGGUCAGCUAUGUUAUGGAUUUAAGUAGGUUUCCAGGCUUUUUUUUUUUUUUUUUUUUUUAAGAUUUAAGCAUGUGGACAUGUAACAACUAACACAAAAUUUGUUUUUUCUUUUUUUAUUACAAAAAUCAGUACACAUCACAAGUAUUUAGUAGCCUUUCCAAGCCCAGCCCCAAGGGGAAAAACUAUUUGUGGGAGGAAAGGGGGGAAUUUUAUUUUUCAGUUAAAAUUAAUUAAAUAUUUUUCUGCAAUAUAUUUUUCUCAUAAAAUUUUGUGCAUGAAUAAUAA